CGUAAAUACGUCCGGUUGUAAAAUUUGCUUAAUAUGUAUAUUUAUACAUUUGUCGAAUAUUUGUGUUUGUAUACUGUAAUAUUUAAAUGCUGGGAAGUUACAGCACAACCAACAGCAGCAACAACAACCUGUCAGCCAAGUGCAAUUGUAUUAAAUAUCAGCGUUGACACACCUGUUGGUAGCAACGAAAACGUUUCCAUUUCAUGCAUUAACUGGAACAACAGAAAGGUUUAUCUGGCGCUUAGAGUCAACGUGAAAAACGUGAAAAAAUACUUCGAUAUACGUGACCACGUGAUUAAUGGUUCUCAUUAUGUGCUCUUUACAAUUAACAGCAUACUUCAAGUAAAUAGUUGGAAUUUAAUCAUUGAUGCCAAGGACCAGAAUUCAAAGAAAAUAUUGAACGCAAUACCUGUUCACAUCUAUGCGUUUGAAGUAAAUAAUCGGCCUAGUAUUUUACCACCUACGUUUUCUACAGCUGUAAAUGAGAAUGUUCCAUUAAGUACUGCAAUAGGCGAUUUCACUUUGUAUGAUCCAGAUACUGGAGAGAACGGCGAACUGGCGGUAUACAGUGACGAUCUACCUGAAGAAUUAGAAAUAGCCAGACUGACAAACUACACAAUACGGGUUAGGACAAGGAAACAUUUGGAUGCAGAAAAAUACAACAACUAUAACCAGACAGAGAAGUACAUUGUAGAAAGAAGUGAUACUGGUCCAGUCAUACGUUUUACAGUUUAUGUGAAAGAUAAGCCAGGGCUUACAUCUGCGUUAACUGUAAAUCUCACUAUCACUGAUAUCGGCGACGAAGAUCCAGUCUGCAGCAAAAAAUAUUUCGAAAUUAGAACUCCCGUCAAGAACAGCGGUGAUGUUAUUGCUUACCUGGACGAUACAUGUAUCGGCGGAAACUAUGUCAACAAAACAGUAUCUUAUUAUUUGAGAAUGGAUUUUUGCAGUAAUGCAUUUACAGUUGAAUCAUCAGGAAAAGUUAUCGUGAAAAAUGUUUCAAAAAAUUAUAAAGAGUGUGGGCUGGUAAUAGGUGUUGUUGAUGCUACCUUUCCGCAAUUAAGAGUCGACGUUUAUCUCAGUAUAUUUUUUCUAAAUUGUCUAGGUGACACAGACCACAUGAAUAGUCAUUGGAAAGGAGAAGUUUCAGGGAAUAAAACAAUUCGCCCUUGUCCGCCCGGAUAUGAUGGAAUAGUCACCAGAUAUUGUGAUGAAAGUGGAACAUACCGGGAACCAGUUUAUUACUGCACAAGUUCAGUGAUUGCUGAUAUAUAUAAUAACGUAGUGCAAGGCGGUGACAAUGUUAAUGUUACUGAGGCUUUAGAUGCGCUUGCAAAUGCCACAUCAGGAACAAGCAUGGGUAACUCUCUUUUGAUAGGUGACCUGGAUACGGUCACCGCUACGUUGUCAAAAAUAACAGAUAUCAUCACAGUGAACAUUACAAGUGUUAAUUAUCUAACGAACUCCUUCAUGGAAACCGCAAACAACAUUAUAGAAGAGAAAAUAACACCUACAUGGACGGUGAUGUUACAUGAGACUGGUUCCGGAGCAGACAGGGUUCUUCAAAAUAUAGACCGUUUUGUGGAGAAAAUUGUGAGCACAACGAAUGAUACUACCGUAUUUCCUAAAUCUAAUUUAUAUUUAAGGAUUGGGUCCCUUAAGGAAUGUGAGACAUUCAUUAACUUUCCUGACCGUGGCACUGAGACUAUGCCGGAAUGGGCGAACACAAGACAGGAUCGGCUCCUUAUUCAGUGUAACAACAGGACGUUCCAAUCUUUUAGUGGUGUAAUGUAUAGGAAUUUGUCAAAGAUUAUGCCCGCAACAACCAAAAGAUCUGAAGCUAUGCAACUGAAUGCACCGGUGAUAUCAUUUACGUUAUAUCCAAACGUGAAACAUCAGCUUGACAGUCCAGUCGAAAUCAGAUUCCAAUUAUACAAUAAACACUUUCAAAACGCAAGCUGUUCCUUUUGGACGCAAUCAGAUAGUUCUCAAGGCUUUUGGUCUGAAGAUGGUUGUCAACAACAACAACAAGAUGAUCAGAAAAAUGGCAUAGUAGUUUGCAUAUGCAAUCACCUUACAAACUUCGCCGUGCUUAUGAGUCCAUCAUCACCUUCUGUGGUGGUAGAAGACCAUGCCACCGCACUGUCUAUUAUAUCGAUAACUGGCUGUGUCAUCUCUAUGGUAUGUCUUUUCCUGAAUGUAACAAUCCAUGCAUAUUUCUGGAGAGUGAUAAAGUCCGUGAGGUCUAUAAUUCACAUCCAUUUGUCUUGCUCUUUGUUCCUUGCGUACAUUCUUUUUCUCACUGGGAUAAACAGAACGGGAAACGAGGAUGUUUGUAGAGCUAUGGCAGCACUCCUCCAUUUGAUGUUUCUGAUUGUCUUCUUCAUUAUGCUAACUGAAGGAUGUCAUUUAGCUUACACUGUUAUUAAACCCCUCAGUACUCGAACACCUGGUAUUCCUAUGCUGGUACUAUCAUACGUUCUUGCUGUUGUGAUUGUUGCGGCGUCCAUGGGAAUAGUUCAAAUGGAAGGAUACGGGAGUGAAAAUGUAUGUUGGCUGUCUACUGAAAACGGAUUGAUUUGGGCAUUCAUCGGACCUGUUCUUGCGGUCAUACUGAUAAACUUUAUUGUCGUUUGCAUGGUUAUUAGGGUUAUGUGUGGAACAACAGCAAUGUCAAGGAAAUCACUUACUGAAAGAGCAUGGGCUGCCUUGCGUGGUAUUUUAAUAUUAAUGCCAAUAAUGGGUUUGACAUGGGUGUUCGGCGUGUUCUCAGUCAAUAAGGACACUCUGGUUUUCCAGUACCUUUUCGCUACCUUAAACAGCUUACAGGGGUUGCUUAUAUUCGUUUUUCACUGUUUGAUGAACAAAAAGAUACGAGAUGCAUUCAGGACAAAGAGAAACACAUGGCGGACAUCGCGUAGUGCGGGACUGUCUGAAGGACCAAAGAUGAAAACAAAAGACACAGAUUUGUGAUGAUACGUGUAUGAACAACGUAGAUCAUCCGGGCAAUUGCGACGGCAAAGCAAUAUUCUAAGGAAAAUAAACGCUAACUUGAAUCCUAUGAAAAAAAAUCAAAUGUACAGAUCAUUUGUAUGUUUAUUAUGUUAGCAUCGGAAUUGGGUUGAUAUGCCGAAUGCACGCUGUACAGCUGCGUUUACUUGUAUAUAUUCCCCGAUGAUAUUUCGAUAUAUAUUUCAUGCUACGAUUAUAUUUCAUAACGAGAAAAAAAUGAAUAUCAAAAAAUAAUUAUUUCUAUAAAAGUGAAUCAAAACAAUGAACAAGUUAUUUAUCAUCUUUUUGUGAUACAACUCUGAUUUUCAUAUGAAUAGUAAAAAUGUUUGUGUUUUUUAAUAACCUUAAAUAAACAAUUAUUCAUGUUUACGCCUUAGGUUCGUUGAGUCAAGCAAAGGUGUAGUGUACACACUGUAGUAUCUAAAUAAGUGAAACAUUAAAUUCGGAGUGAUUUCAGUUUUGUCGAUGAACAAUUGUAUACCCAUUUAUUAUUUUGUAUUAUUUUCUUUCAUUACUUUUAAAUUCGUACAACAGGCAUUGGGUAUUAAUUAUGUCUCCCCCUACUGGCGGAGACAUAUUGUUUUUGCCCUGUCCGCCCGUCCUUCCGUCCGUCACACUUCAUUUCCGAUCAAUAACUGGUGAACCAUUUGACCUAGAACCUUCAAACUUCAUGGGAUGAUAGGGCUUACAGAUAAAAUGACCCCUAUUGUUUCUGUGGUUACUAGAUCAAAGGUCAAGAUUGCAGGGGCCUAAACAAAAAAAAAAACUUUUUCUGAUCAAUAACUUCAGAGCCACUUGACCCAGAAUAUUGAAACUUCAUAGGAUGAAUAAUCAUGUCGAGUAGUUGACCUGUAUUGCUUUUUUGGUCACUUGAUCAAAAGUCGAGGUCACAAGGACCAGAACAUGGAAAAUAGUUCCCGAUCGAUAACUUGAGAAUCAUUUUACCUAGUACCUUCAUACGUCAUAGGAUGAUAGAACUUAAACAGUAGGUGACCCUUAUUGGGGUCACUUGAGCUGAGGUCAAGGUUAGAGGGGCCUGAACAGUCAAUAACUUGAGAACCACUUGACCCAGAAUGUUAAAACUAAAUAGGAUUAUUAGACAUGCAGAGUAGACAAGCCCUACUGAUUUUAGGUUUACUCGAUCAAAGGUCAAGGUCACAGAGGACUGAACAUGGAAAACUGUUUCCAGUUUAUAACUUGAGAACCACUGGGCCCAGAAUGUUGAAACGUAGUGGGAUGAUUGGACAUGAGAAGCAGAUGGUCCCGAUUGCAGCCAACCAUCAGUGUCUCUUUGACUUUCGCUCUUGUCCCCUAUUGACUUCUGUCUAUAUAAUUAUGCAGAGGAGGAGACAUGCGCUUUUCUACAAAAGCAUCUUUCAGUUCACUUUUUUUUUAGUUUUUAAGCAGCGUUUAAUACCCUCUAACCAUGUUGAAUUAGUUUUGUAUUUAUUGUAAUUAUUUAAAACUAAGAUAGUAAUAUAUUAUGUCUUAAAUUUAUUCUUAUUACUCCAAGUACAUGUAGAAUCUAUAUAGAAUGUAUGAUUGUUUUUAUAUUGAUGUAUGUACUUUGAUGAGACUUUAAUAAACAAUCAAACACAAAGUUGUUCAAUGCUGUUGUCAACAAUUGCAUAAUAAUCGUAGUUUUACAGCCCGUCCUCUUCAUGACUCCAAGAAGUUUCAGUAUUUCAUACCCUGAGAUCAG